AUGGCAUCACGAAAUUCACAAACUGCUUCUAAUACAUUUAGUGUUAGUGAAAAUGAACCACAAGAGUACAGUGAAACAAAUGAAACAAAUGAAUCAAGCCAAUCAUUUACAAAACGCAGAAAUUGGCGUAGUGUAUAUGUUGAUGAUGAUCAAGAUCAACUCCAACAAUUAGUAUUACGUUUAUUCUCAAUUGUUUCUUCACAAGCCUUUUAUGAUAAUAAGCAAACUCGACUUUGUCUUUCUCGAGUAGAAGAUAUAGCAAAAAUAUGCUCUUACUAUCUUUCAAAUUCUGAUAAAGAACUUCAGCUUUAUGGCAAAGAUUUAAAUAAUGAAGAGCUAUAUGAAAGUAUUAAUACAUCAAUGGUUACAUAUGAUUUACUUGAAACUUCAGAUGAGAAUACUAAUAAUGGUAGAACUAGUGAUUUGGAAGAUAUUAAUGGAAGCAAAGAUUUGGAAAGUCUAACAUUAAAUAUUGCAGAUUUAGUAGAUUUGGCGUUGCCAGAAUUUUUAGCAUCUGGAGAUGCAGUAUUUUCUUCAGAACCUGUUACAACUAAUCAGGCUAGAAAUAUAGGUAAUAUGAAUUACAAUCCUAUUGAAUUAGCACGUCAAAUGGUAUUACAAGAUGAGGAUUUAUAUUAG